GGCGCCAGAGAGCAAGCGAAUACGCUUCGCUCACCUCCAUCUCGCUCACUCAACGUAAUGUCAAAAUUCGUAAAAAGAAUUCCAUCGCCUUCAGUUCGGGCUGUUGUUUUGCUCCGAGAUCGUUAGUGGAAAUUGAUGGAAAAUUUGUUUCACUGUGUCACCAAAAUGGAGUGAACGAUUGUGGAAAUAUUUUUACACAUUUGACUGCUGUUAUAAUCGACAGGGAACUGCGAGAUUUCGUGAACUUCAACAUUGCCGUGUGUUCGUGUGCCUCUGAACUGCUUCCCACAUCUUCAUUUGCUUCUGAUUGUGUUGAAAACUAUCAUCGAUCCUCUCAUAAAUGCAGUAAUACACUUUUCGAUUUAUCGGUACAUCGCUUGCUGCCCGAAUAACUUAUCACACAAAAUGUCCUCGGAGGAAGAAAAUAUAGCUUCGCUGGCGGAUAUUACCGGUCUGAAGCGGGAACAGGCUUCCACGCUUCUGACGGCUUACAAUGGCAACCUGGAAGGGGCAAUCAAUGCAUUCUUCGAGAACCCAGAAGGGAUUCUGAAUCCGGAACCCGCAGUGGUAAUCGACGACGACGAUGAGGAGGAAGUAAGAGCACCAAUACCGAGAAAAACAGAGAUCCUACUCCCCCAGGUGGAUAUAAACAGGGGGAGACUAAAGCGACGGGGUGCCACCAUCACGGAGGUCCCAUUUCGGAACUUUGAACUCGAGGGAAGACUGCAAGAGCAAAUGUUGAUGGAAGGACAAGGCCCCUCAUCGAAAAGGGUGACACGACUGGAGGCGUUAUUCAUGCCACCGUUCGAGAUAAUAUUCUCCGGCAGUUUCGAUAUGGCACAAAACUUUGGCAAAAGCGUGGACAAAUGGAUUUUAGUGAAUCUGCAGGAUGAUUUGAAUUUUAGUUGCCAAACUUUGAACCGAGAUUUAUGGUCGGAUUCUAAGCUUAAGGAUUUCCUUCGGAAUCAUCUUAUUUUUUGGCAAAUAUCCAACAAAACAACGGAUGGGGCCAAAUUUAAAACGUUCUACAAAGUGAACAGUGAGCCAUACAUCGGAAUGAUCGAUCCUCGCACUGGCGAAGAAGUGGAAAGAUUUUCAAUCAGUGAUAUAGAGCCAACCAAAUUUCUGUCGACUUUGAAAGCGUUUUUGCUCGAGAAAAAAUCUCCCAAUGGAAAGGAAGUUUCAGUUAAAGAACUCAGUUUGAUGCGUCCAUCAACGGCACAACUUCCCAGCAGUAGUAGUGCCAACGGGUCCAAAGCAUCCACUUCCAAGAAGCCAGUUUGGUUCACAGAAGAUGCCGAAGAGGAUGAGUUUCAGGAGGUGUCGGACAGCGAAAGUGAACUGGAACCGGAUACUCCAACGUCCAAAAGUCCAUCCAAACAUGCUACAAUUCCAACAGAAACACCCAGCUCUCCAGUGUUCAGUUCGGACGACGAAACAUCGCUUCCGCCAGCGGAGAAAACUCGAAUAAUGCUCAAAAUGCCGGGUGACGUGACCGAGCGGCUGUUUUUCCGCAGCUCCCGAACGCUGGAUCACACGAAAGCGAAGCUGCUAGGGAAAUUCGUUGCCCGAUUUGCGGACCACAAGGGGAAACCUAUUCGCUUUCUGUGUCCCGCGAUUAAAACGGACCUGUCGACGCUCGAUGGGAGUCGAUCGCUGCUCGAUCUCAAGAUACAUCCCAAUGCUGUCAUUCACGUGACGGUUGAUGAUUGAGAGGCUCGCGGAUAUGCACUCCCCAUCGUUAUGCUUAACAUUAUGCUGUGGUGUCACAUAUGUCAGUUUUUAAGAGCUAGUUUAUAAGUUCUGAAAAGCCAAUAAAUUAUUAGUGGUCAAACA